AUUUUCCGUCGGUUAAGCGAAGCGAAUUAGGCGGGAAAUAUUUUCCUUGAAUAGGUAUAGAUCUAUUGUUGUAUCAGGCCAAUCAAAAUCUUGUUUUGAUGGUUGUUUUGUUGGUAGCCUUAGUAACGCUGGUAAGGCAAGUUAUCGUGCCGAUUGUUGUGAUUUGUAUGGUCAUUCAGCUUUGGGCACCUAUGCUUACAAACAGAUUAUUUUUCGCUAGUCAUGGAUGAAAUUUCACCACGUAAUUCGCCAAGUCGUCCUAGUGCAAAUAGAACGGACAUUAAUCAGACAUUAAAUUUAGUUUUGGAACAAUUGAAAAGUCAGAAAGAAGAGCUUUCGUCUUUGAGAGACGACGUUAAAGGGACUUCAUUAUCUGUGUCAUCAGAAGUGAAAAAGAUUAAAGACAAAGAGUUGUCGUGGAGAAAGGAGGGCAACAAGAUUCAAUAUAACUUUAACACGGACAUUGAAGAUUCAGUCGUGCAAGCCAAGUGGGCUAUCACAAACAACAAAUCUGACUACGCUCUGGAGGUGUUAGAGGAAACUGCUGGUAAAUUGCACAAACGUAAAAAAAAAAAAAAAAAACUUAUCCGAAUUGCCGAUACGUCAGAAGGGGGCUGGGAAACGGUUCGACAAUACCAGGCGAAUCCUGUAGCCAGCGACAGUGACGAUGAAUCUAAGAUUUCCAAGGCGGAAAACCGUGCUCUCCGCAAACGCAAGCGAUUUCAAUCGAAAAAAUCGCCGAACGACGCAACUGGGAAACGCACAUUAUUUCCCAGGCCUACUUCUACUGUUGGGAGUAUUGGGAGCGUUCCAUUUCCUCAAUGGGGUAUGCAGCCAUCAACGUCAGGUACCUUUCCGGGAGUCAACGGUUCUCUCGGGACGUCUAAUUUUCGUCCCUACACAAGGAAGACGUUUGGAAGUUGCUUCGCCUGCGGAGACUUCACGCACUACAGAAAAGAUUGUCCCUACAUGUCAGGUUCCUUCAACAAGCAGAGUCAAUCAGCCAUCGAUGUCACCCAGAACAGAAAAUGAGUCAUCAGUUUUGACAGAUGAGUAUUCUAUUUUUAGAUGUAAUUGUUAUGAUUUACACGGUGACAGUUUUACGCAUGAAUAUUUUGAGUAUGAACAGGGUCAAAAAGCAAUAAUUGUUAAAGAUAGGUUAAAACAGUGUUAUGAUUUUUGGCAUAGGAUUGGUGCUAAUGAUUUUAUACUGGAUACAAUCAAAAUGUUUCUCGGACGAAAUAGAAGAUUUACCAGAUGUUUUGGUCGAUAAGGUGACCUGGAUCCCAGAACUACUGAAGGAUGCUCGUGCCGACAGUACCACCAAAUGUUACAAUCGAGGUUUUAUUCGGUGGAGGAAAUGGGCCUUGAGUAAUUCUUUGGGAGAAAAGGACAUCUUUCCGGCCAAGCCGUUUAUUUUUGGUAUAUAUUUGUGUUCUAUCGUUCAGUCUUCAAAUUCAUUCAGUGCUGUAUCAAAAUCAUAUUAUAGUGUUAAAUGGAUGCAUGAUUUAUAUGGCUUGACAUCGCCAACUGAUUCAUCGUUAGUAAAAAACAUAUUAGAAGCUGCUAAACGAAAGCUUUCUAAGAAAAUUGUGAAGAAAGAACCAGUGACUCCUGUUAUGUUGCUUAGAAUGUUCAAUAGUCUUUAUCAGGAAAACAAUAUCAAGAAUCAGAGAAUUAUUUGCGCAUGUUUGUUAGCAUACGCAGGGUUUUUGAGAAGUGAAGAAUUACUUAAGAUUAGACGUUCCGAUAUAGUAUUCCAUUCCACAUAUAUCAAUAUAUUUAUUGAAUCAAGCAAAACUGACGUUUAUAGAGAUGGAAAUUGGGUAACAAUUUCUUGCACAGGUACUAUGUUGUGUCCUGUUGUAAAUUUACAGCGAUAUUUAACAUGGGCGAAUAUUGACUGUGAUUCUGACAUUUACAUAUUUUGUGGAAUGUCAAAAUGCAAAAAUGGAUAUAAGUUAAGGGAUAUGAAUAAACCCAUUUCAUAUACAACUUUGAGAGAACUGUUUAUUGAAGCGUUUAAAUAUCAUGUUCCGGAUAUUUCUAAAUUCGGACUUCACAGCCUGCGCUCCGGGGAUGCAACUGCAGCCGCGAAUAACGGCAUUAAGGACAGACUUUUUAAGAGACAUGGAAGGUGGCGUAGUGAAAACGCCAAAGAUGGUUAUAUUAAAGACUGUUUAUCUGAAAGACUUUCUGUUUCUCAGAAUUUGGGUUUAUAAACUUUGAAUUAGUUUUCAAGCACAUGGUAUUAUUUUGUAACUUAUAGUUUCCCGUUCUUUGAUUCAUCGUGCCCAAGUGCUCAUUACAUAUUAUACAAUAUAUGAAGCAUAUUGUGUUUUUGUUCUUUUGGUACAAAGAUCUGUGUAGGUUUAAGGAAAUAUAUUUUCCGUCGGUUAAGCGAAGCGAAUUAGGCGGGAAAUAUUUUCCUUGAAUAGGUAUAGAUCUAUUGUUGUAUCAGGCCAAUCAAAAUCUUGUUUUGAUGGUUGUUUUGUUGGUAGCCUUAGUAACGCUGGUAAGGCAAGUUAUCGUGCCGAUUGUUGUGAUUUGUAUGGUCAUUCAGCUUUGGGCACCUAUGCUUACAAACAGAUUAUUUUUUUAAAUCUAAAUCACGGGAAAUUAUUUGUUACUUUAUUUAAAAAUGUUUAUAUAUAUAUAUAUAUACAUGAGAAGUGAAUGUUAUGCAUGUUCAAUCAUUGAAUUGAUAUUUAUGAAUUGAAUGGUAUUUGAAGUUGUUAUAUGAUUCAUGUCAGUAUUUUCUUAUAUGUAAAUGUAAUGGAUAUGAUAAUAUUGGAAGAAGAAACAAUGUAAGCUCAUCGUGCCCAAGUGCUCAUUACAUAUUAUACAAUAUAUGAAGCAUA